UGCCUGCCUGCCGCCUUCCUUCGUCGCGGGGGAAGGAGGGUGCGGGCCGCGGUUGGAGGAGCUCCGUCAAGGCGGCGGCUGGGAGCCCGCGCGCCGCAUCGCGGUUGCCCGGGCUCGGUGAGGUGACUGGCCCCUGCCCUCGGGGUGCGCAGAGGAGGCGCGCCGUUCCCACCGCGGUCGGGGUCGAAGGCAGAGUGUUUUGGCGCGUCGCGGUUGAGUUUAAAGCGCUGAUCAAUUCCAUCCGGUUAUUUUGGCUGUUUUGCACUUUUUUUCUCAUCCAAUGGGUUUGAGGGCCAGCUUGGCCUAGGGCUUAAGGCACCAGGCUAGAAAGCAGGAGACGGUUUUUCUCACUGCCAUGUUAAUGCUACUUACACUGGGAGUACUAUUUCCAAAAAUAGUGGCCAGGGGACAAGAUGAAAAUCUUCGCAAUGGCAGCAACAUUUUGCAAGAGCCAGUGUAUUCUUAUGAAAACAUCGUGUUGCCAGAAGAACAUAUCCCGUAUUUUUUACACAAUAAUCCAGGCAUUGCCACUGCCUGCAGGCAAGAUCCUUUUUGCCCAUAUAAAAAACAUUUGAAGAAAUUGAAAGCUUGUUGGGGUUAUGAGAAAUCAUGCAAGCCAGAAAACAGGUUUGGAUAUCCAAGGUGUGAUUAUGCUGAAAUCGGGUGGGCUAACACCAUUGAGCAGGCCCAGGAUAUUUUCUGGAAGCAAGCUGACUUUGGUUAUGUUAAGGAAAGGAUGAAAGAUGUGAAGACCCAUUGCAAGCCUAAGACUGUGGAAGAUUCUUCACUUGAAUGUUCUCGUUACCUUCAGUAUUGCAAAGCAACAAAUUUAUAUAUUGAUUUAAGGCAUUCAAAGAGAAGCAAUGAUAGAUUUAAUGAAGAUUUCUUCAAGAAAGGUCAAAUAGGAGGCCACUGCAACAUGAAUACUAAAGCUUUCCUUGCUGAAGGACAACAAAAGAGCCCUUUACAAUCUUGGUUUGCUGAGCUCCAGACAUAUACGGAGAUGAGCUCUAGACCAUUGGAAGAUGGCAGCUGUGAUGUCAUUAUUGAGAAACCAACUUAUUUCAUGAAGCUUGAUGCAGGUGUCAAUAUGUACCAUCAUUUUUGUGACUUUGUGAACCUUUACAUCACUCAGCAUGUUACCAACACCUUCAGCACUGAUAUCAACAUUGUUAUGUGGGAUACUAGUGCAUAUGGAUAUGGAGAUUUGUUCAGUGAAACAUGGAAGGCAUUUACGGAUUAUGAAAUAAUACAUUUGAAAUCGUAUGAUUCAAAAAGGGUCUGCUUCAAAGAAGCAGUUUUUACGCUAUUGCCUCGAAUGAGGUUUGGCUUAUUUUAUAAUACACCAUUGAUCUCCGGCUGUCAUGGGACAGGAUUAUUCAGAGCCUUUUCCCAGCACGUGCUGCACAGAUUAAAUAUCACCCAAGAGGGGCCUAAGGAAGGAAAAAUCAGAGUUACAAUACUUGCCCGAAGUACAGAGUAUAGAAAGAUAUUAAACCAAAAUGAGCUCGCCAGUGCCUUGAAAACACUGCCAUUAUUUGAUGUCCAAAUAGUGAAUUACAAGUACAAGGAGCUGGCAUUUAAGGAGCAGCUGAAGAUAACCCACAAUUCUGAAAUAUUCAUUGGAAUGCAUGGAGCAGGGCUUACCCAUCUUCUAUUCCUGCCAGAUUGGGCUGUCAUCUUGGAACUGUACAACUGCAAGGAUGAACGUUGCUACUUAGAUCUAGCAAGACUGAGAGGCAUCCGUUACAUCACCUGGCAGCAGAAGGAUAAAGUGUUCCCCCAGGAUGAGGGGCAUCACCCAACAUUAGGAAAACAUCCAAAGUUUACAAAUUAUGCCUUCGAUGUGGAAGAAUUUGUCCGUCUGGUUCUCUUGGCAGCAGAUCAUGUGUCACAACACUCCAAAUGGCCGUUUAGGAGAAAACAUGAUGAAUUCUAGGUCAAAUAAUUGGCCUUUGCAGAGUUUUUUAAAUACUGAAGUGUUCAAAAUGUCAGCUCUUCUGAAGUAGAAUCAUGAAUUAUGAACUUGUUUCAGGGAGGGAGAAGUGAAAAAGGUUAAAUGGGCAGCAGUCAUAUAUAAUGUCUCCCUCCAAGCAUGUUAUUUCUGCAUUAUUACUUUCUUAACUGACAAUUCCUGUCCUAAUUUACUUGAGGAAUUUGCAUUAUGCAUGAUCUAUUUAUUAAGGUGACCGUGUUUGCACUAUAAUCUUCAUAUUUAUUUUAGGGUUGUCGGCCUCACUGCUCCAAAGCAGUGGAGUGGAAGAUAAGCACACUGGACCUUUUUUCUCCUUUUGUGACAAGUAGCAAGAAUUUUGCAGCCUUGUAGCCUACCUACCUAUCUACUUUCCUCCCUCCCUUGUUCGUUCUCUCUCUCUCUCUCUCUCUCUCUCUCUCUUUCUUUCUUUCGACAUUCCACAGCACUGAGAGUGAUCUGCGAAUGAAAAUCCAGCUGAGCUGCAUCUAGUCAGUAUUUUUAGUGGAAAGGCUAAGAAAUCAGGUUGAUGAUGCAACUUAUGUGUGACAUGUUUAAAUGGUACACUUUUUUUUUUUUUAAAA